AUGGCAGGUCGGGACACCGGGGUCGUCAUGGCAACGCGGGUCGGGGUGGGGGACGGGGUCAGCCCUCAGUCCGGCCCACGCCCUCGACCCGGUAGUGUCUCUCUAGUGGCUGUUCUGUGCGGGGCCCCCGGCUACGGGGGUGACUUGGGAUUCCCUCCGAGGGGGCUGGUGCCAUGGCGGGAGGACGAGGCACUCCUCUCCCUCAGGGGCGACACCCCGGGAACGAAUUCGACCCAGAGUGCCGGCUCCAACGGCGACAAAGGCCAGAACAUAGAGUGCGUAGUCUGCGGCGACAAGUCUUCAGGAAAACACUACGGACAGUUCACCUGCGAAGUUUUGCAAGGAGUAGCGUUGUUGAAACGCCUAGGUAACUCCUCGGCGACCUAUAUUCCAGGUAAUACCUGCGGACCAAACCGCAGGGGAAGAUUACCGCACUUACACAGGACCAGGACAUUCAUCACAGCAAUAAAUAGGUUAAUGCAGCGGACAACGCCUAAACCGGCGAAGUGGAGUAGCAUAAUUGGCCCGGUGGAGUCAAGUGUGUCCAGCCAAAGACACGGUGGUUAA